UCUCAGUUCAAUUAUUAUUGUGAAUACGUUGUUAGCAGGUCCAUAACAAAUUAUUUUUAAUUGGAAUCUAUUAAAAUUAUUUUGAUUUCUUCUUUUAUAUGAAUUAAUUAGGUGACAAAGCUUUUAAAUUUAAAAUGUCAGCAAAUAAUGUCUCUACUUUUGAUGUAUUCACGGAAAAGAAUAAAAAUGAAUUUUAUGUUGUUGACUUAAGAUCAGAUACAAUAAGUAGACCAACAUUAAAAAUGCGGCAAGCAAUGGCUCAAGCUAUCGUUGGCGAUGAUGUAUAUGGUGAAGAUCCUACUGUUAAUGAACUUGAAAAAAUCUCAGCUGAAAUAUUUCAAAAAGAAGCUGCAUUAUUUGUUCCAAGUGGUACAAUGGCCAAUUUAUUAUCAGUGAUGGUACAUUGCAGUCGACGUGGUACAGAAGCUAUUGUCGGUGAUUUAUCUCAUGCAUUUCUUUAUGAACAGGGUGGUGCUUCGCAUAUUGCCGGUGUCCAUAUAAGAACAAUAAAAAAUGAAAAAAAUGGAACAUUUUCACUUGAAGAAUUUAAACAGAAAAUUCGUAGUUAUGAUCAACAUGAACCGAUAACAGCAUUAGUAAUUGUUGAAAAUACACAUAAUAUGUGUGGCGGUAAAGUUAUACCAUUAGAAUGGAUUGAAGAACUAUCAAAAAUUUGUAAAGAAAAUCAAAUUAUAAUGCAUAUGGAUGGUGCUAGAAUAUUUAAUGCAAUUGAAGCACUUAAAGUUACACCAGAUAAAAUUGCUAAACAUUUUUCAUCAUUAUGUUUUUGUUUAAGUAAAGGACUUUCAGCACCAGUCGGUUCAAUAUUAGUUGGAUCCGAAAGUUUUAUAAAAGAAGCUCGCCGUUUACGUAAAGCUUUAGGCGGUGGAAUGAGACAAGUUGGAAUUUUAGCUGCUGCCGGUUUAGUUGCUUUAAAAGAAAUUGUACCACAAUUAAGUGAACAUCAUAGACGGACCUAUAAACUUGCCAAAGCAAUCGAUAACUUAAAAAGUUCCAAUAUACAAGUUGAUUUAGCCACUGUACAGACAAAUAUUCUUCUUAUCCAUAUCACAAAUAAACGUAUUUUGGCUAGCGAUUUAGCAAAACGAUUAGUAGAGGUAUCAAAUAAAGAAAAAACAGCAGGAGUUUGUGAUGAUAACGGUCGUGGAAUUAUUGUUAAAGUUAGCUCAAGAGAUUGGGAAUUUGCUAGAGCAGUUAUAUAUCAUGAUAUCUCUGAUACAGAUAUUGAUUUGUCUAUAAAGAAAUUCAACUAUGUUAUUCAAGAAUUUGAUGAAUUGUUUCCUAGAUGAAAACCUUUUUUUUUUAUAUUUUUUUGUUUUUGUUUUUAUAUAU